GUUUGCUAGUACAGUGUCGCCCACUCUGUCUAGAUCCGUCUGUUGUCUCUUUAUAGUUAGGCUGUAAGCUCCUGGGAGCAGGGACCAUCUUUUUGUAGGGCUCCUAGCAGUACAGGGUCUGGGUCCAGGACCAGACAAUGCGACAGUAACACAGCUACACUACCGUGCUAUGAACAAGGUAGGGAAGUGCCCUGCUGCAGAUUGCACCGGCUGUAAAACCGCACUGUGCGUUGAACACGGUCACGCCCCAGGACCGGGGGCAAACCUGCAGCUCCCUUCGUCCUCCGCCUGGUGCGGCCGGUGUGCACCCACCAUUUUGCAUGAAGCGUGGGCCCUGCAGUUAAUUUCCAGGUUUUAAAGAGAGAUGAGGUGAGGGGGGAAUGUAAAAGAACAACUACAGCGUGUCUCCCCGGCGCUCAGGGCAGCGUCAGGACCCCGCCCCCGCUGAGCAGAAACACCCGCCGCUCUAACUCCUCAGAAGCGCUUCAGCGGCUCCCUGAGCGCUGUGUGCCUCCUACACGCCAGGGGGCGCUGCAGAUACUGAGCGACGGAGGCAACAGGGGACGCCGCCGGCGCUACACAUAGCCCUCGGACGAGUUGCUUCCUCUCUGCUCUCCCCGCCCUCCAUUGGCUUCGCGCUUUGGCCCUCGCGCUUCGCCGUUUCUAACAACGCAUAACGCUCAGGGCGCUAGUGGCACGCGGGGCCCAGCGCGUUGAGGGGUGAGAGCCUGGCGGAGCGGGAGGGUCUGAGGAGGUGUUUCCCCCGGAGGGGGGAAUGGGGCAAGGCCCGAGCCUGAAGGAGGCCGGGGGAGUGAGGAACGCGUAGGGCCGCCCGCGGCUCACGCUCUCCUUCUGCCCCGCCCGCAGCGGGGGCCGAGGCGGCGAUGUCUGAAGAUGCUGGAAGCGGCGGCGACUCCCUCCAGGACCGGGGCCCGGACUCGGGCCGCAGCCACCGCCAGCCUUUCCCGUCCACCUCUCGCAACGGGGCCGUGCCCGAGCACCAGCAGCGCAGGCUGGCGGGAGGCCCAGGCCGUCAGGGCCCCCCGGAGGCUGCGAACGAAGCGGGUGACGGGGAGGAAGAGGAGUCGGAAGAGGAGUCCGGGCAGGGCAGCGAGAGAGCCGAGCCCGAUGAGGACCACACGGACAGGAGGAUGCUGCGGCAGCAGUAUCGUCAGCUGAUCAACAGAGUGCAGCAGAAUCGUGAGGAUAUGCUGAGUUCAAAAAGCAAUAGUUUGACAGAUGCACUACAAGAAGCCAAUAAAUUGUUCAGUGGAGUUUCCCAGGCAAGGGAGGCUGCUCUGGAUGCCCAGUUCCUUGUUUUGGCAUCAAAUCUAGGAAAGGAGAAAGCAAAUGAGUUACACUCUGAAAUGACAGUAUUUGACUUGCCAGCGUUUGCUGAAGAUUUACUAACAUUUAUGGGCCUAAAUCGUCUAGAAGGAGAAGAAAAUGAUAGUGAUGAUGAGAGCAUUGCUCAUGGAUUUUUACCUAAUAAUGCCUGGCAUAAACUGGGAGCAGAAGCAGAAAGAUAUUUCAGAAGAUCUCCUUCUUUUCACUACAUGUUGGGAUCUUUCAAGGCUGAUCCUCCUGUACCAAGGCAACGGAUUGAGAGGCAGAAAAGGAAAGCAGGAACAGAAGAAAAAAGGGCAAUGCCUGCUCAGUUGAAGAAAAUGGAGGAGUCUCAUCAGGAAGCCACAGAAAAAGAAGUAGAGAGGAUCUUGGGAUUGUUGCAGAGCUAUUUUCAAGAUGAUCCGAAUAUACCUAUUUCCUUCUUUGAUUUUGUGAUUGAUCCAAGUUCUUUUGCACGCACUGUGGAAAACAUCUUUCAUGUGUCCUUCAUUAUAAGGGAUGGCUUUGCAAGAAUAAAGCUGGAUCAGGACAAACUGCCAGUAAUAGAGCCUUCACAUGAAGAAGAAGGUAGAGAAAAUGACCAGAAUGCCCAAGUACGGAACCAAGCAGUCAUAUCUUUGAGCCAUCAAGACUGGAAGGACAUUGUAGAAACUUUUGAAAUCACAGAACCUAUGAUUCCCCCUCCUGGUGUCAGCCAAGAAAAUGAAAGUUAGGUGCCAUGAAGGAAAAAAAUGUGUGUUAAAAUAUUCAGAUAAGUUUUAUAUGUAUAUACUGUAUGAUAAAAUUUAUUUUUGAUGAGAACACUAGUUUAGUUUAAAUUUGAUUCUUUUUAUAUAACAAGCUUAUUGUAUCUUUUAUUUAUACAUGUCAUUUACAGUAGUAAAGGUUGUCAUGAUACAUAAGGCAUUUUCAUCCUAUCAUGAUUUUCUUUAAUAAAGCCCUUCUGUAAUGUU